AUGUUCAAGAUAACUAAAAAUAUUCGCUCGCUUUCGCUUAUGAUAAAGAGGUAGGCUACACAGACUGUCUUAAGUUAUUGGGAAUGUAAUAGUAGUUUAUCCACAUCUAUAAAGAUUAUGGAACUAUUAAUGAAGGAUUCCUUUAAUUAUGGAUAAACAAAAUGCCUUUUGGUGCUUAAUUAGUAUUUGAACCUGAUGUGGAUCCACUAGGUGAAAAUAAAUAUGCUACACCUGAAGUAGAAGUAGGUUAACUAGUUUAAUAUAAUCCUAAUAUCCAUGGCUAUGAAUAUAUUUGGAUUAAUGUUUAACAAAGAAAUAAGAAAAACUAGUGGUCAACUGAUGUUGAAUAAAACUGUGACUUAUUAAAAAGAUUUGUUAGCCUACUAAAGAGUUAUUCUAAAAAUAAAGUAGCUGUCCGCUCUUCAAAAAUUGAUUGGGUUAACAUUUUCGGUACUUCUGAGAGCUGUGCUGAAUUUACUGAUCUACCUCUCAGAUACAUACAUCUUGACUCAAAUCCUAAUUUCAAUGAUUGGCCUUAGUAAAGUUUCGGUUAGUGGAAGUAACCCUACAUGA